CCCAAGGCUCCCUUGGGUACUGUGUCCCUGCUCUAGGGCCUACAGCCUCAUACUUCAUGAUAGCGGCAUGUCACAGGAGGCCACAGAGACACCAGCAAUGCCAGGAGAAGGGCAUGGUCAUAAUAAGGCCAAGGCACGGUGGCUUCUAGGCACUGACAGGAAGAGGAGCCGCAUCAACAGGACAAGGCAGGACCUGUGGGAGGACACUAGCUGGAGCAAUCACAGACUGAGCAGAGCCACCUCUGCCCCUCGAGGGACCAGAGCUAGGGGAACAGCUCAUGGCAGGAGUGAGGCCAGCCCGGAGAACGCAGCACGGGAACGGACUCGCGUGAAGACGCUUCGUCAGGCCUUUCUGGCCCUGCAGGCUGCUCUGCCUGCAGUGCCACCCGACACCAAGCUUUCCAAGUUGGAUGUGCUGGUGCUGGCCACAAGCUACAUUGCCCACCUCACCCGGACCCUCGGCCAUGAGUUGCCUGGCCCUGCCUGGCCUCCCUUCGUGCGUGGACUCCGUUACUUGCACCCGCUAAAGAAGUGGCCCAUGCGAUCUCGUCUCUAUGCAGGAGGCUUGGGAUGCUCUGACCUCGAUUCCACCACAGCUAUCACUACCGGCCAAAGAUGCAGGGAUGCAGAGCUGGGGUCUCAAGACUCUGUAGCCGCAGAAAGUCCCCUGAUCUCUCCAGUCUCUCCAGCUCUUGGUAACAAAUGACCACCAUGAUCAUCCUAUUCUCUUAGACGGUGCCUCUGCUUAAGGACCUGGAUUUCCUGCCUGCUCUACUUGUCUUCCCCUUGACUCCCAGCCUUUGGAUUUGUCUCAGGCUCAAGUUUCAAGUUCAGGCUUGGCUUCCGGUGGGCAGAAGAAGCAGUAAUGACAUCAGUGAUAGAGUCCCCAGGAAACCCAGGACGGAGUUCAUUCACCUUCGGCUCAUCUAUGGCAGUGACAGGAAGUGACAGAGAAACCGAAGUUGACAUGGUUCAGUCAAGUUAGGGAAUCACAUCCCCCUCCCCCAGGGCUCUUCAAGACAAGA